UUAUAUGAUGAUGAUAUUUAUUGUUUUAUUAAUGAGGCUUCGUCGGUAAGGUAAGGAAGCAACACAGCUGCAAACGUAGGAGCCAUAUGUGUCUCAUCCUCGCACCGCCUGGCUCAGAAUCUACAAGGAAAGGCAGUGAUGUUUCCGUUUGUUCCAUUGUCCUCAUUCGGGUGUGCAACGGAGGUGGUGAGGCCGAUGGCAAAUGUGACGAAGUUGGUUGGAUCGUUCAACCGACCACAACGACUGUCAUAGAAGACCAUGUUUUUGGGUGUAUCUGGAAAGGCAGAAAGAAGAAAAAGCCACAUGUUGAAGUCUAUAGUGGAAGUAGUGAAUUGAAGACAGAAGCAGGCUAUGGAAUACCUCUUAAAGUCUGA